GCUUUCACAACUUUUAUAUGUUUUUUGGUGUCAUAUUAUUGCAGAGAGAAUGGUGAGAACGAUGCAUGAAAUCGUUGGAAUAGCAACAAAAGUUGGUAAGAAUGUGACAAAGUUUAAAGAAGGAGACCGAGUAGGAGUAGGCGUAAUAAUCGGUUCAUGCGAAUCAUGUGAAUCAUGUAACCAAGACUUAGAAAACUAUUGUCCUAAAGUCGUUUUCACAUACAACUCUCGUUCCUCUGACGGAACCAGAAACCAAGGUGGUUAUUCCGACGUAAUUGUUGUCGAUCACCGCUUUGUCCUAAGCAUUCCCAAUGGUUUACCAAGCGAUGCAGCCGCCCCGCUGCUCUGUGCUGGAAUCACUGUGUACAGUCCCAUGAAGUAUUAUGGUAUGACUGAAGAAUCAGGGAAACAUUUAGGUGUGAAUGGACUUGGUGGACUUGGUCAUAUCGCUGUGAAGAUUGGUAAAGCCUUUGGUUUAAGAGUUACUGUGAUUAGUAGGUCAUCGGAGAAAGAGAGCGAAGCAAUUGAUCGACUCGGUGCUGAUUCGUUUCUUGUUACAACGGAUUCUCAAAAGAUGAAGGAUGCAGUUGGAACUAUGGAUUUCGUUAUCGAUACGGUAUCAGCAGAACAUGCUCUAUUACCGUUGUUUAGUUUGCUUAAAGUGAGUGGCAAGCUUGUGGCUUUAGGCUUAUCGGAGAAGUCACUCGAGCUACCAAUCUUCCCUCUAGUUCUCGGAAGGAAAAUGGUGGGAGGAAGUCAGAUUGGUGGGAUGAAGGAGACCCAAGAGAUGCUUGAGUUCUGUGCUAAGCAUAAUAUCGUUGCGGAUAUUGAGCUCAUAAAGAUGAGUGAUAUCAACUCUGCUAUGGACCGUUUGGCUAAAUCUGAUGUCAGGUACCGGUUCGUGAUCGAUGUGGCCAACUCUUUAGUCACUGAGUCAUCAGCUGAGAUUUUAGAGGAACAUGUCGACCAUGGAGUCUCGAUCACGUCUAAAUUCUGAGAUUUUCUUGAAUCUUGAGGAUGGUUACAAAAUCAUGAAUCCGUUUUCUUGUAGGACUUGUUACUUGUCUUUUCUUUCUAUGCUCUGUUUCCUGGUUUUGUCUGUUAAUUGUUUAAAAGCAAUGAAACUAAGACUUUUAU